AUGUCGAGGUAUGGAGAAGACAUCACCGUCGACUCAGCCCCAUCAUCCAUCAACCCCUACACCGUCCUCGAUGUCGCAAAAGACGCCGACCAAGACACCAUAAAACGCGCUUACCGCAAAGCCGCCCUGCAGCAUCACCCCGACAAAGUCUCACCAGAAGAAAAAGAAACGGCACACACAAAAUUUCAAGAAAUAGCCUUCGCCUUCGCCAUCCUCUCCGACGAGCGUCGCCGCAAACGCUACGACACAACAGGCCGCACCGAAGAAUCCCUAGACCUAGAAGAUGACGACUUCGAUUGGGUGGAAUUCUUCCGUGCGCAAUUCCACGAGGUAGUGACUGUGGAGAAGAUUGCGGCUUUUAGUCGAGAAUACAAGGGUAGUGAGGAGGAGAGGGAAGCUGUGCUUGAUGCGUACAAGAAGUGUAAGGGCGAUAUGGUGAGGCUUUAUGAGGUGGUUAUAUUGAGUGAUAUGCUUGAGGAUGAGGAGAGGUUUCGGAAGAUUAUUGAUGGGGCGAUUGGGAAGGGGGAGGUUGAGGAGUACAAGAAGUAUGCGCAAGAGAGUGAGAGCGCUAGGCAGAAGAGGUUGGAGAGGGCGAGGAAGCAGAAGGAGAGGGAGGCGAAGGAAGCUGAGGAGGUAGAGGAGGAGCUGAAGGAGACAAAUAAGAGGAAGAAGGGGAAGAAGAGUAAGGAUGCUGAUCUCGGGGAUCUUGCGGCGAUGAUUCAGAAGAGGCAGCAGGAUCGUGCUGGAGAUUUCUUGGAUCGGCUUGAGCAGAAGUAUGGCGGUGGUGGUGGGAUGAAUGAGCCGCCUGAGGAGGCUUUUGCCGCGAAUAGGAAAUCGAAGAAGGGAAGGAAAUGA